AGUGUAAACCGUACCUGUCUCGAGAGCGGAUAGUAAUCAUAAUCCCGUGAACGAGCGUGAAAUCCACUGCGUAUUUAAUAAUCGGUUUGAGAAACAACAGUGAUACAAAAUACGAACGGUCGACGGCCAUGGAUAGUGCGGGAUCCACUCGCCACCCGUUGGCAGUGGCGACGAUAGCUUUGGCGAUCUCGCUUGGCUGUGCGGCCGCGGUGUACGGCGGGACGGGACACAGUCCAGGCAACACCGCCGCCUCCGCUCCAUCGUCACUACUCACCAAGUUACCGCAACCGCAGUUACCGAAAUUUCCUGUGAUCUACACGUAUGGGAAACACCGACCGCCGCGACCACCGACGACGAAUCCUCCGACUACUCCGCGCAACAAACAGCAAGAGUCGCAGCGACCACCACAGAAACCAUCUAAGCCACUGCAGAAGCGCCCGCCAAAACCGACGGUGGAUAAACGACGGGACGGACGAGAUCCGUACCAGGCGUCGGCAAACGCAUCCGUGACGACUUCACCGAGACCGAAGCUGGAGACGACCACCCAAGAUCGGGCCAUCAUCACGGUGCCGCUGAAAAGUUGCCCUGAAGGUCAACGGAUGAGCCCUGACCGGAUAUGCAGACCCAAGUUUCCCGACCCUGAGGACGACGAACCCAAAUAGUCGAUCGGCCGAACGGCGCAACAUCAUUAUAGUGAACGCUCUGAACGUCGAUUUAGCAAAUAUUUGUACGCUAUUUAUUUUAUAGACAUUUUAUUUUUACCCCCCUCUAUUGCAUGUAAAAUACAUAAAAAUAUCAUGUAUUUAUAUUCAGUGUAACCCACGAUUUUUUCCAGUUCAAAAACGUUUGCACGUGACGAAACGUGUAUAAACGAAAUAAAAAUUCUUUAUCACUA